UGGGAACCAUAAAGAAGAAGUUAGAAGCUAUAGCAAAUAGCAACUUCACUCUCAGUCUCUUUCUCUGUUUUUAGGGUUCUACACUUUUCUCAUUUUCCCGAUCCCAUUUUCUGAGAUUUUUCAAUCGGAAACAACACCAUAAGGUUUCCGAUCUUGAUCGUGUAACAACAAUGGCGUUGGCUUUCGACGAGUUCGGAAGACCUUUCAUAAUUCUCAGAGAACAAGAAAACAAAAAUAGGCUUCGUGGUCUCGAUGCUCAGAAAGCUAAUAUCUCCGCCGGUAAAGCCGUCGCUCGUAUUCUCCGAACAUCUCUCGGUCCUAAAGGCAUGGAUAAAAUGCUUCAAAGCCCCGACGGUGACGUCAUCAUCUCAAAUGAUGGAGCAACGAUAUUGGAACAGAUGGAUGUUGACAACCAGAUUGCGAAGCUGAUGGUGGAGUUGUCGAGGAGUCAGGACUAUGAAAUUGGUGAUGGUACUACUGGAGUUGUUGUGUUGGCUGGAUCUCUUCUUGAGCAAGCUGAGAGACUUUUGGAACGUGGAAUUCAUCCUAUUAGGAUUGCUGAAGGGUAUGAAAUGGCUUCGAGGAUUGCUGUUGAAAAUCUAGAACGGAUUGCCAAUAAGUUUGAAUUUGGAGAGACUAUUUUGGAGCCUUUGAUUCAGACUUGUAUGACUACUUUGUCAUCGAAGAUUGUGAAUCGAUGCAAGCGUAGCUUGGCUGAGAUUGCUGUCAAAGCUGUUCUUGCUGUUGCUGAUCUAGAGAGGAAAGAUGUUAACCUGGAUCUAAUUAAAGUAGAAGGGAAAGUUGGUGGAAAGUUAGAAGAUACUGAGUUGGUAUAUGGAAUCAUUGUUGACAAGGAUAUGAGCCAUCCUCAAAUGCCAAAGCAAAUUGAAGAUGCUAAAAUUGCUAUCCUAACUUGCCCAUUUGAGCCCCCGAAGCCAAAAACCAAGCAUAAGGUUGAUAUUGAUACAGUGGAGAAGUUUCAGACAUUGAGGAAACAAGAACAGAAAUAUUUUGAUGACAUGGUUCAACAAUGCAAGGAUGUCGGUGCAACCCUUGUUAUUUGUCAGUGGGGUUUUGAUGACGAAGCAAACCAUCUCUUGAUGCACAGGAACUUACCUGCUGUUAGAUGGGUUGGUGGUGUUGAGUUGGAAUUGAUUGCCAUAGCAACAGGUGGAAGAAUAGUACCUAGGUUCCAGGAGUUAACUGCAGAAAAGUUGGGAAAGGCUGGUAUCGUUAGAGAAAAAGCAUUUGGAACAACUAAAGACCGAAUGCUGUACAUUGAGCAUUGUGCAAACUCAAGGGCUGUAACAAUUUUCAUUCGUGGAGGUAACAAAAUGAUCAUUGAGGAGACAAAGCGCAGUAUACACGAUGCAUUGUGUGUUGCCAGGAAUCUUAUUCGCAACAAUUCAAUCGUGUAUGGUGGUGGUUCAGCUGAGAUUGCGUGCUCUAUUGCCGUGGAGGCUGCAGCUGAUAAAUACCCUGGAGUAGAACAGUAUGCCAUUAGAGCAUUUGGAGAUGCUUUGGAGUCUAUCCCCAUGGCCCUUGCUGAAAAUAGUGGUCUCCAACCAAUUGAAACGUUAUCUGCUGUGAAAUCUCAACAAAUAAAGGAUAAUAAUCCUCACUUUGGCAUUGAUUGCAAUGAUGUUGGCACCAAUGACAUGCGGGAGCAAAAUGUCUUCGAAACUCUGAUCGGAAAACAGCAACAGAUCUUGCUGGCUACCCAAGUUGUCAAGAUGAUAUUGAAAAUUGAUGAUGUUAUUUCCCCAUCUGAGUACUGAUAUAUCUAUUUUUGAACUCAUGUUGCAUGUCAAGAUGUAGAAUUGCCGAUGGUAUUUUGUUCUGUUGGUAUGAUUUUAGGCAUAGUUUGUAUUUUAACUUGGAAGUAUUUACAUUAAGAUUUUGGCACGACCUUUUUGUAUUGGAGUUGAGUGACUGUUCCUUUUUUCUGACAAAGGGCGACUGCUCUUUUGAUUGAUGCUUUAUUUUUUGUUUAAUUUGAAUAUUAUGAAUUCCUUUUAUCAUGUCAA